CCUGUGUAACAGAGGUCACGCGAUUAUCGUCAUUAUUCACACAGAGAUCCAAACGGCAUCAUGUCUUCUCAGAGCAGCAUCGUGAUCGAGCCAGAGGAGAAGACCAUUUCUGAGGAUAACUGUGAACCGAAGAGAGUUGCUGUUUCCACUGUACUCUGUCGGAUCUCCCAGUUUUGGCCCUUCAGAUUCGCGAUGCGCGCUUUCCGUGGAUUCUGGUGGUUGUUCGGUUUCUCCACGCCAGAAAAGCCCCUCGCCCCCGCUGAGGGCGACUCUCCGGCCCGUACCUGCCGCACGGGCCGCAAACGACUGUGGCGGGCGACUCGCAUGCUUCUUGCUUUCGUGCCAUGUAGGGUUCAGAGUGCCUUUGGUUACCCAGUGUGCACCAGCAUCGGCCGCACGGUUUCCCCAGAGGUGCAGUCCUCUCCCACAAAACCAUGUGGAAAGGGCAGCAAAAGGAAGCAGGAUGAUGUGGAUGAUGACGAGGAAGAUGUGGAGGAGCAGUCCUGGGUGGAGGCCCUCAAUCAGGAGUUGGCUGAUGAGGAUGCAGCUGAUCCAGAGGACCCAGACUAUGAGCCCACCAGCAUUAACACAGACAGUGAUGAGUACCGUACCCACAACAAUACAGAGAGUGACAUUGAGGUGGAGAAAGGUGUUGUUGUAAUCAAGGAUGUUGAAAUUGAAAUCGAGGCUGUUGAAACAGAUGUGGCUCCCUCUGACUCAUAGUGGAAGUGAAUCGUGGCAGUUGAC